AUGUCACUGGAAAGUCAGGCGGAACUUCGGCGUUAUUUGGAAGUAGGGCAGAGUUCUGACGUCACUUUGGCAGAAUUCCAGUGUCACUUGAAAGUUCGGCAGAAUUCUAACUUCACUCGGAAGCCGGGCAAAAUUUCAGUGUCACUUGGGCAGAAUUCCAACAUCACUCGGAAGUCGGACGGAACUCCAGCGUCACUUGAACAUGCAAUUCAGAAAGGAGCAAAAAUGGCCAUUAUUGCAGGCUCUGUAGUCGCAGUUCCCACGUUGGUUGGUUGUCGAGUCAUUCCUUGGGCUAAAGCAAAUUUAAAUUAUACUGCACAAGCACUAAUCAUAUCAGCAGCUGCUAUUUCUGGUUUCUUCAUCACUGCUGAUAAAACCAUCCUGAAAAAUGCGAGGGGAAAUACAAUUGGAAAGUAUGACAAGAGUUCUUGACAUGAAGUUGCACCAACUCAAAAAUGAAACUCUUAGAGCACGAUUUUUGGUGUUUAAUGGUUUCAGCCCUUGCGAGUUUAUUUCCAUUUUGUCUUUGUUCUGAAUUACUUGUUGAACCAAUUUAGAAAUAAACCUUCUGCUAAUGAAAUGGUAGCAGCAGGAAGGCUUUGUAAUGUUGGCAUUUGACCAAUGUUUGAGAUGAUGAAUAAAUUUGUUAUUAGCUCAAAUUUAAUGUUUAUUGAGGGAAUGCUUGGUUAUCUCAUAAAUGUUUAUCAAAUGUAUUAAAAUUUUAUUUGUUACUGUAAA